AUGGCAUCUCCCACAGAAGUUGGGCCAGAGCUCCUCGACAGCGGCGACGUCGUUGCUGACUUGGCCUGCAGCCUGGCUAGCAUGGCACCUUUGGAAAGAAACCUCGUCAGAGCAACUCCGGCAUGGCAAGUGCUGCAAUCCUUUGGUGCUGCAUUGGGGAGGACUAAUCAGGAUCUGUAUGAGCGGAGCUUUCCAGUGGAUUCGAUUCAAGUUUUCUGGAGUCACAGCUGGCAUGGCAACAACUUCCUCAAGAGGCUGCUACUGCUAUUGCUGUACAACGGGCCUCCUGCAGCAAUUGCUGCCACCAUCUCAGCUCUCUUGGUGAUGUCGCUCCAGAUUGCGGGAUACCUUCCAGGCUUCUCACGAGUUAGCAGGAUGGCAAUGGAGCAAGAGCAAGAAACGAUGGCGGUGCGUGCCCCGUGGUCUGCGCUGACAGCAGGGUUUGUCUUCGUGGUCGUGCUUCUGCAAUGGAAAGCGAGGAGUUUGGUUUUCCUUGACCGAGUAUGUAUCAAUCAGAGGGAUAAGGUGCAGAAAUCCAAGGGAAUCUUAAGCAUUGGCGCAUUCCUGAAGUGCUCCGACCAGUUUCUGCUUGUUUGGGACAGCACUUUCGCUGGGCGCCUAUGGCUGACAGCCAUGGCUCCCUGCAUCUUGGGCGUUGGUUUCGCUAACUGGGCUUCAACGAUACAUUUCAUUUUGGCUAGCGAGCAAUCCCUUUUGGACAUUCUCUUGCUUGUGCUGACACGGUGGUUCUUCUUAUACCUCACUGCGUCCUAUUUGCGUGAGCACUACCGGAACACGGAGAUUAUGCUCAAGCAGCUUUCCGACUUCACAGUCCAAUCUGCCCGCUGUCACUGCUGCAACGACGGAGUGACGUGUACUGCCAAUGUUUGUGAUCGUGCGAUCAUCGCGCGAUGCCUUCAAACAUGGUAUGGGUCUGUCGAGGCCUUCGAGGUGACUGUAAGAACCAAGGUCAGGGCCACUCUGUAUCGACAGUUGGGUGGAUUAUUGUUUCCGUAUGGUUGGCAAGUCAUGGGUAGCUCGGGUAUCUUAUGGGGCUUUGCAGAUCUCAUCGCAGCACGUGGCCGUACCGGAAACUGGACCGUGGUGGGAGUGCUUGUUUGGGGCGUCCUGGCUUGGUGCUUGUUCUUGUGGCCCUUCAUGUUUCAAGCGACCGCACUGUUGGCGAAUUAUUUUCGCGGCGACCAGGGCCACGUUUGGCUGGACAGGCUGAAAAGCGUUGCGGUGGCAUUUGUCGCCACUGCACUUUCCUUUCUGGCACAGUGGUCAUCGAGUCUCGUGCCUGAUGUGUUUUCGGCAUGUCUUUAUUGUGGCGGUUCAGCGAUGCUUCUUGGAGCAUCACAUGUGGCUCUCCAAUACCAGGCUCGGCGAACGGUACCCAUGUUGGAUUCAAUCAAAAAGGAUGUGCCAGAGAAUCGUUUGCCCGUUGUGGUUGGGAAACCGAGUGAGGAUGAGCUUGCCGCCGUUCCUGAGACCGGGAACGAAUGA